GAAUACGAGUAUUAGUAAUAUUUAAAAUAAAAUAUCAGCGCUCCUCCGCCGCGCGGCCUCCGUUUCCGAUGGAUCCUUUAACCCUCCUCCGUGAAUACACCAUCAGCAACUCACUCGACCGAAUCGUCCGAGUCAACGACGAUUUCCGCUUCGGCUCCGACUACUCCUUCCCCGCCACCAUCGAGACCGCCUACCGCUCCAAGCACGUGCAGCAGACGCGCCGCUACACCCUCGAAACCCUAGUCCACUUCAUCACCAACCACCACCUCAAGCACACCGAAUACAUCCAGAACGCCCGCGCCCUCCGCAUCCCCGCCGUCACCCUCCCCGAUCGGAAGCCGCUCCUCGAUUACCUCACCGGGAAAGUUCAAUCCUCCGAUUCAAUUGUCCCCCUCGAUUUCCCCAACAUUAACCCCCAAAUCAGCAACGUAGAUCGCAGCUUGCAGUACGAGGCGGGCGAUGCUGUUGGUUUGGACGGCGGGACUAGUUUGAUUGAGCUGAUUAGGGCGAAGGAGAGGCCAAUUAGGGAUAAGGAGGCAAUGCUGGUCUUCAAAAAACGUGAUUUCUACAGCGUGCUGACCUCGGCACUGAAGAGGGAUGAGGAGAGGCAGCGGAUGGAGGCGCUGCAGAGGAAGGAUAACAUUGUGGCGAAGAAUCGGAUUGAGAGUAGAGGAUUUGGUGUUGGUGAGGAGGCGACCAAGAUGCGGAAGAUUGGGGAAGGGGUUCCCAUCAUUUUGGUCCCAAGUGCAUUUUCGACUUUGAUCACAAUAUAUAAUGUGAAGGAGUUUUUGGAAGAUGGGGUUUUUAUUCCCACUGAUGUGAAGCUGAAGCAGAUGAAAGGGGGGAAGCCUGAUUGUGUGACGGUGCAGAAGAAGUUCAGUAGGGAUCGCGUGGUGACAGCUUACGAGGUGAGGGACAAGCCCUCUGCUCUGAAGAGCGAUGAUUGGGAUCGUGUGGUUGCAGUUUUUGUGCUUGGGAAAGAGUGGCAGUUCAAAGACUGGCCUUUUAAGGACCACGUUGAGAUAUUUAAUAAGAUUCUUGGGUUCUUCAUGCGCUUUGAGGAUGACAGUGUGGAAUCAGCAAAAGUUGUGAAGCAGUGGAAUGUCAAGAUUAUUUCGAUUAGCAAAAAUAAGCGACAUCAGGACAGAGCUGCAGCUCUGGAGGUGUGGGAUAAACUUGAAGAAUUUAUGCGAUCUCGAUCUCGUUAAAAUGCAGAAGAUGAAACUAGAAACCAACAAAGAUUAUGACCAACUUGUUCAAUGUGGGAAACUUCCCUUGUGCUUGUGGAGGCAGAGCAGCAAUGUGAUAUGGUGUGAGGUUGAGCUUGUAAAUUCACCAUGCUUAUUCGUGUUGUCGUUUCUCAGUUGUUUUUCAUAUUGUAGAUGAGUAUUGUUUAGGGGUAACAAUUUUGGAAAUGAUAUCUAAUGCUGUUUAAUUUGUA